UCUCAAAAUCAAAUGCCACUUCUUCCCAACAGGUACUCAACACGCAACUGAGGUUUUGGUUGAGUGGCUAUGUAUUGUCUCUUAAUAUGUUGUACCUGAGUUCAAAUCUUGUCGAUGGCCAAGGUAAAUAAAAGGGUUAAGUACGAAUUUGGUUUCUAUAGUCGCUGCACCUUGUCCUCGUGCCCUCGCCUCGCCACGACUCACCAAAUGUAUACAAGAAUGGAACUAGAGGCCGUGAGAUGAGGCACAUGCUUUGGUUCGAUCCAACUGAGGACUACCACACUUACUCGAUUCUCUGGAACAACCACCAAAUUGUGUUUUUCGUCGAUAGAGUGCCCAUAAGGGUGUUCAGAAAUAAUGGGAAGGAAAACAAUUUCUUUCCGAAUGAGAAGCCCAUGUACUUGUUUUCGAGCAUAUGGAACGCAGAUGACUGGGCCACAAGAGGAGGACUGGAAAAGACGAACCGGAAAGUAGCACCCUUUGUGUCAUCAUACAAGGAUUUCAACCUCACCACCGCACCUCUCCCUUUCUUCCUUGUCCUCUGCCGUCCAGUUCUCCUUUCCCUCGCUUCUCCUUCAUCACAAACACUAAUUUUUGAACAUGGAUUGUUGUUAAUUUUCUUGUUUCUUGUUAUUAAUGAUAAUUUUGGUGAUGAAUUGCUGUUUUGAUUUCCAUUUAUUUAUGAUUGUUGUUGAA